AAUCGCGUGCGUCGUUGCUGAGAGCCGGAAGCAGGCGGGUGACUGCUGGUUAGUUUGUGCUCGACAUUAUUGUUAAGGUUGUGUGGACCAUCACUGCGGAUUUUAGCCGCGUUUCAAAUACAACCAAAGUGUUUAGCAGCGUGUAAUAAGGACCGGCAUGUGACAUGUGCAUGGCGGAAGCGCAGAAACACCGAGAGAUCCUGCGGCGUUUGAGGAAACACGACGGGUUGUGAGAUGGAUGCGGGAAGGCCGGCUCGAGACCUGAUAAAUACAUGCCCCAAUCGACAACGCAGCAGGGACACUGGGACUGAACAGGAGGGAGGGACGAAGGAGGAGGAGGAGGAAGAGGAGGGAGUUUAAAGGGGAAAUGAUGAUCACUUAUUAAACCACAUUAUUUAUUACACUUUUCCCCUUAUUUACAUACCUUAUUCCUCUUCCCCAAGUCUGUUUAUGCUCAAACAUGCCCACGUUACAAUGUGGGGUUUAAACCACGUGACUUUCUGGUUAUGAGACUAUCAAGCCAUAUGACACAAUAUAUUUGGCCUUAACAGGAGGAUUGUGAUUUAGGUGGAAUAAGAUGUUUUUGUGACUGUAUAAUUUAGUAUUACGCUCGUCUGAACAGUUCGGGCGAUACGAAGAAGUGAAGAAGUAUUCAUUUCAGCUGGGAUACACAUCAUCAGCGACGCUCCACUAGACAUCUGCGAUGGCUUCCGUGAUUUGGGAGGAUCCACGGGACUAGUAAUUUGCACCAGAGCGAUCCUCCUCGGCUCCAAGGGCAUAAUGGCCAACUCCGUUGCUACGCUGGUAGUCCAAACAGAGCUCCUUCCCAGCGAGACUCCUUCGUCCCUCUCUCCUUUUCCAUCACUUCUUCCCUCGGUGGGAGAGGAGGAUAAUGAUGAAGAGAAAGGUGCAGACGACGAGAAAGAGACUGAAGCCGUCGUGCUCACGGGAGUCGAGAUGGUUACGUCGUCCACGUCUCCAGGGACCGUGGGGUCCCAGAAUCCCGAACACCCCUUCCAGUGUCUAGACUGUGGGAAGAGUUUUAAGUGGUCUUCCAGGUUGGCACAUCAUCAGCGGAGCCAUAACAAUGAGAGGCCAUAUCGCUGUAACCUUUGCCCCAAGGCUUUCAAAGGCUCAUCUGCUCUGCUCUAUCACCAGAGGUCUCAUUCAGGAGAAAAGCCUUAUAAAUGUGAGGAUUGUGGUAAAGCUUUUAAGCGCUCAUCUCUCCUCCAGGUCCAUCGCAGUGUGCAUACCGGUUUGCGAACCUUCCAGUGUCCCUACUGCCCGCUCACCUUCAAAUGGAGCUCCCACUACCAAUAUCACCUACGCCAACACACAGGAGAGUGCCCUUAUCCGUGUGACAGAUGUCCAAAAGCCUUCAAGAACUCCAGCAGCCUGCGUAGGCACAAGAACGUGCAUUUGGGUGUCAAACCUUAUGUCUGUAUGGUGUGCAACAAGGCUUUCAGCCAGUCAACCAACCUAAGGCAACACAUGCGCAUACAUACGGGGGAGAGGCCAUACAUCUGCGGGGAGUGUGGUCGCAGCUUCACGCACUCCUCCAACCUAGCACUUCAUCGCAACUCUCACAUAGAGGUCAAAGCUCAGGAUGGGGGGAAGACAGGAAAGGUAGGGUCACAGACAAAUGUGGAGGUGGUGCUCGAGAGGGCGACCUCUGAAGAUUUGAAGGCGGUCGAAAUGACGAUAUCGGAUAUGGUGGGCCUUGUAGGUGGGCAGGAAGGGGGCACUAGUCAGGUCUUUCUAUCUCACCAUGUGCCCUCAUCCUGUACAUCGUCCUCAGCUGAGGGGAGUCAGAGUGUUCGGACAGCCACAGGCUCAGAGCAUGUACAGGUUAGCAUGGAGGAGUCAGCUGAAACAGGUGCUAAUGUGUUGCUGUACAGCUGUGGCAGUUGCAAUGAGACUUUUGGAACCCAAACACAUCUGGAAGAACAUCAAGCUUUGCAUUUGCAUAGCCUUGGGGCAGUGGAUGGGGGUGAAGACAUGAGAGGGGAUGGUAUAGAGGCUCAAGGAGGUGGGGUUUCAUUGGUUGGGAUGGCCCCCUUGUUGGCGGACUUUGAGGAGGUGGUGGAAACCACAACAGUGUCUGAUAGUGGGCAGGGUUCAGAACUGCUCGGGUUGGGUGGUAUUGGAGGUGGAUCUGGUCAGGUUCAGUAUGACUUGCUCCAGAGCUUCACCAGCUCCGUGGCCCAGAUGCCCUCAGAUGACACCACGUCCAUAGUGGACACAACUGUGGCUACAUUGUCCGAGUGUGCUUACUGUGAUAAAAGCUUCAAGAGCAGCAGUUCAAUGAGCAGACACAUGGCACAGGUGCACCCUUUGGCACUGUCCCAGUCUAGAUCUCAGUUCAACUGCUCGGUGUGUGACCGCUCCUUCCCCCUGCUGUCGUCCCUUCUUACCCACCAGCUCUCUCACACUGAGGAGCAGAGGCUGCUGGCUGAGGCAGAGGCUGAGAUAAUCUGCCCUCCCUCACUCUCCCUCUCUGUGCCCCUGUCUUCCUCAUCCUCUGCCAAGAGAGAGGGGGAGGAGGAAGAAGGAGAAAGGGAGAUCCAUGUCAGCCUCAUUGCUGUCACCGAAGAGGGAGAGAGGCAAAGUGUAAAACCAGGCAACAGGGCAACGGGGAAGACAGGAAGGAGAGGAGGCAGGAGCAAGGGCACCGCUGCAAAUAACGAGAGGCCAUAUCGGUGCACUGAAUGUGGGAAAUCCUUUAAGGGUUCAUCAGGUCUGCGCUACCACAUGCGAGACCAUACAGGAGAAAGACCGUACCGCUGCACAGAGUGUGGAAAAAGCUUUAAGAGGUCUUCACUACUAUCCAUUCAUCAAAGGGUGCACACGGGGGUGCGAGCAUUCCAGUGUCCCUACUGCACGUUGACCUUCAAGUGGAGUUCUCAUUUCCAGUACCAUUUGAGGCAGCACACCGGUGAGCGGCCCUAUGUGUGCCAGGAGUGCGGAAAAUCGUUCAAGAACACUAGCUGUCUGCGGCGGCACAGCCAGUUGCAUUCAGGUCUGCGACCACAUGCCUGCUCUGUGUGCGGCAGGACAUUUUCCCAAACCUCCAACCUAAAGCAACACGAACGCACACACUCGGGCGAGAGGCCUUUCCAGUGUGCGCAGUGCCACAAGACUUUCACGCACUCCUCCAACCUCCAGCUUCACGUACGCACGCACUCCUCACGCAAAGACUAUAAGUGUCAACACUGCGGCAAAGAGUUUAUCAUUCACUCUUACCUGCAGCGACACCUUCAGACGCAUAGCAGCGCUGCAGGGGCUACGUGCACAAAGGAAGCAGGGAAAACCGCUAAGAAUGACAGUGGGACCUCAGAGGUCUCGACUUCCACUCUGAAUCUAAAUAUGAAUACGGCAGGAGGGCUGAGUUCUCUGUUUGCUAAUGAAGGGAAUUCCACACUCAUUCUCUCGCCGUCGAAUCUGGACAUUCCUCCAAACACGUCACAAAAUUAUUUUAUGAUCCAGACACCCACAGGGCUACAGUUGAUCCCGCUGUCCAAUCCAACACCCACACAACCUGUCCCGGCCCCCCCUCCUCCUCCACCUCCUCCUCCUCCACCACCAUCCCAGAACUUCCUCCUUCUUCAGUGCCAGUCCACUAAUGGGAGCCAGCCGAGUCUGAUUCUUGUUCCCACAGCGUCCAAUACGAACACGCUUCCUGUUCCUCCAGCACCACGGCCCCUCCCCUUAGUGCAAACCAUACCAACACUGCCACAUAUAGCCACUUUAGCUCCAGCCCAAACACACAUAUCACAGUUUCAGCCACUCCAGACCCAGCACAGAUUUAUUUUUACCAACAACAGUACUCCCCUCAUCACUGCCCCACCACAAAACACAUCAGCAAUUACUAGACCGAUUUUAGGAACGCUCAGCCCCAACAGGAGCCCGAGGACCAGGCGUGGGCGUAAAAAUAAGACUCCGAAAUCUGGGUCUUUAGAACAGACUCCACCAUCUGUCCCAGCAACUCAAGGAUUGGUUCCUUCCACUGUUUCAACAACUACUGCUACUGUUGCACUCUCGCCAACCUCGUCCCAGCAACGUAACGUUCAACCACCGCUGAUUUCAGAUUCCGUGCCUGAUACAACUUCUACCCCAGCUACUGAAACAGUGACCGCUACUACACUCUCAACGAACAGCCACUGUAAUUUGACAAGUGACCACCAAAAUUCUUUCAUUGCAGAGAAAGUAGAGAAACCUCCAGAGCCACUACCAGAGGAGCGCUUUGUUCUGUGUUUUGAGAAGGAGGCUGAAGAGAGGGAGCGAGGAGGCGAGAUGGAGGUGGCAAUGAAUGAUGGCGUUGAGGGAGAGAGGUCAUAUGUGUUACAUUUCGAAGGAGAAAGUGAACAAGGGGAAGAAGGCGGUGAGGAGAGAGGGGAGAAAUCCUACAUUCUCCGAUUUCAGUCAGGGGAGGAGUUGCAGGGAGAUGGAGAAAAGGAGAAGACUGGAAUGGUUUCUCUUAACUUGUUGCAAGAGUGGAGCGAAGCCGGAGGUGGAGGUGAAAGAAUGGAAGGGUUUGAAGAAGGGGUUGGGGUGGAAGAGAAAGCAUAUGUUCUUCAUUUCCAUGAAGAUGAUCCAAAUGAUGAUGUCCCACCAAAUGCUGGCUUUCCUGAAGGCCCUAGUAAAGAUUUGGGGCUUUCUUGCCAUUCUGCCCAAGCCCUAAUGCCUCUUGGUGGACAGGAGGUUGUAUUUGAAUUAGGCAGUGAGGACAAAAUAGAUGCAGACACAAGCGGUGGGGAGAGUGUUCAAAUGAUUGCAGUAAUAGAAGGUGGGGACAGCAGUUCUGAGACAGGGGGUAGUUUUACAAACCCUGGUGGAGUCACUGGGACAGGAGCAGGGCAAAUGGGAAGCAUAUUUCAGUUAGAAGGAGGAGAAGGCAUUGUUAUUAUUGAGGUUAGUACCAGCAGUUUAACAGAGGGAACAGAAGGAGUUUCGGUAGGAUUAAGAAACCUGGACAAAGAAAGCACUGCAUCCCAAGAAGUGGCAUCUGAAGAGCAAAAGAUACUGGAAACAGAGAGCAGAUUAUCAGCAAGUGUGAAUGGGACAUAAGACGACUCUUGGAAGGAAUCUCAUAUUGAAGGCUCUGUAUUGUACAACACCACACAGUCCUACUAAUCAAUGCACACUACUAACUACCAGCAACCCAAGUCUUUUGUUGACGUACUUAAACCUAAAGCAAACACUUAGUAAAAAUGGAGGGGAACAGCUUUUUGUGCAGUGGCUGAUCAUUGUGUUGUCCUCUUACUUCAGUGUUUCUGGGUGUUUUGAACGCUCACCGAAUUACCUAGAAUAAGUUUCACCACAGCCCAUAGAGGGAGUCGUUUCACAGACCCCCACACACAACAGAUAUAAUGAUUUUUUUUUUUUCUUUAUAAUAUUACAAAUGGAAGGUAAAAUGAAGAGAAGUUGCUGAAGAAUAUUGGACAACUGUAAACUAAUAUGCUGUCAUGUUGACAGCCAAAGUGUAACAUGAACAGGAACUGCGAAUAUGCCUAUAGUCUGUUUAGUUUCACUAUAAAUGUUGAUAGUAAAUUAUCAUGUACAACAAACAAAUGUUGUCAAUGUCAUGUCUUUUUUUUUAUUAUUCAAUUAGGACAUAAAAAGAAGCAAAGAACUAGAGCUAUGCUUUUAAUAUCCAAUUUUUCUCACCUGUGAUAUUAAUGAUCUGUUAUUAUUUUUUUAUUCUGACAUAUUUUAUAAGGUGUACAUUGGAAAGCCUUGUUGCACUGUAGAUCACCUCAGGGUUUGAUAAUAAUGUUGCUUUACACUACAUGGAGUUUACUAAAGAUGCCACUUAUUUUCUUUUUGACCUGAAACCAUUUACUUGCAAAACCAGUAUUGUUUGUAUCGAAACCAAUUCCGAUAUUUUUGAAGGCCAUUAUUAUUAAUAUUCUAUAGUUUUUAUUAUAAAUAAUUAAUUAUUUAUUUCAAAGUAUUAAAAUCAAACAAGCUUUUAACAAAAUAUGUGUCACAUAAA